AUGGCGUCGAUUAAAUCACCGUACAUCUGCCUCAAUUGCAGAUUGACGAGCAGGCUCACCCGACGCAACUUCACUGCGUCUGCUCGAAACUCGGAAUUGCUGCGUCCCGCAACCGCUCCGAAACCCACCCCAGACAUCAAACAUAUCCGCCAGAACGCAGAGCUCUACUCAAAAAACAGCGUGGAUCGAAAUUAUCCGGCGCACGCUGACUAUCCCUACAAAAUCCAAGAACUGUCCGAAGAAGCAAGGCGUCUUGAUCAUGAUCUCAAAACGCCGCGGUCCCGCAUUAAGCAAUUGGAGAAGACCAUAGCGAAUCUUGCUCGACAAGAUGGCGCAUCCAGUGCCAUUGAGGAAGAAUUGGCAUCUCUCCGGUCAGAGGCACAACGAUUGAAGGAUGAAUCGCAUGCAAUGAAUACCCGGAGAGCAACCUGCACCGAAGAAAUCCAACGGUUCGCCCUAUCCCUGCCGAACCUUUCCUCCCCCGAGACCCCCGUCGGAGCCGACCCAAAGCUUGUCACAUACAUCAAUUUCGACCCUCAGUCUCCCCCAGAAUGGGUCAGCCGUCCAGACCCGUCUCGAUCUCAUGUCGCUAUCGGCACCGCGCUCGAGCUAAUCGAUUUUACAAGCUCUGCGACCACCACAGGCUGGGGUUGGUACUUCUUGAUAAACGAAGGGGCGCUGCUGGAACAAGCGCUGAUCCAGUACGCCCUCAGCGUGGCCCGCAACCGCGGCUGGAAAGUCGUGUCACCGCCGUCGAUCGUCUACUCCUACAUCGCUGAAGCGUGCGGCUUCCAGCCCCGCGACCAGCACAACGAGCAGCAGAUCUGGGCCAUCGAGCAGAGCGACAAGGACAAGAGUAAGCCCCAGCGAUCCCUGACCGGCACAGCCGAGAUCCCUCUGGCAGCCAUGUACGCCGGUCGAGACCUCGACGCCUCCACCCUCCCCCUCAAACUCGUCGGCGCCAGCCGCUGCUACCGCGCCGAGGCAGGCUCCCGCGGCGUGGACACCAAGGGCUUGUACCGCGUGCACGAGUUCACCAAGGUAGAGCUCUUCGGCUGGGCCGACACCGUCCCCGCAACCAGCUCCUCCGACGACCUCUUCGCCGAGCUCCUGGACAUCCAGACUGAGAUCCUCACCACCCUGAACCUCCCCUGCCGGGUCCUGGAAAUGCCCACCACAGACCUCGGCGCCAGCGCCAGCCGCAAACGCGACAUCGAGGCUCUCUUCCCGUCGCGGCUGCGCGCCCCCGCGGCCGGCAGCGGCAGCUCCUCGCCUGACCUCGAGUCCGGCUGGGGAGAAGUCACCUCCGCCUCGAUCUGCACGGAUUACCAGAGUCGACGGCUGGGUACGCGUGUGCGCGGAGGCUCGGCGAAGGAAUCUCGCUUCCCGCACACUGUCAAUGGGACCGCGAUGGCCGUUCCGCGUGUACUGGCCGCUAUUUUGGAGAAUGGAUGGGAUGAGAAACGAAAGGUUGUUGUGAUUCCCGAGGUGCUGCGGAAGUGGAUGGGGGGUCUGGAGGUUAUUGGAGAGAAGUCGUAG